GGUACAAGCCAAAGCCCCAUCCCCUGGUCAGGUCAAGAUCAGAUCAACCAACAGGACUCUUUAAAAAUCUACUGGUAGAAAAAUCGGAAUCUCAUUGGAAAUUGUGGAUCUCGUCCCAGGGCAUCUCCAUCUCUUCAAGCCCGUAGUUUUCUUCCUCUGUUUCAAUUCACUAAUGAUUUGGAUCGGUGUACGCGUUCAAGCUGAGAAUGCCAGAAUCGCUAGAGAACGAGCCAACGCGCAGCCUUAUGUUCUUGUUGUAAGACGUAUGGCUGGUGCUGAUGCUGAAAUUCUUUUUGCUCAAGCUUCGCCUACUCAAGUGAAAGACGGUUCCCCGGUUUCUGCUCCAACUUCACUCACUACUAGUCAUGGUUGCUGGUCUCACGCCAAGUCAUUGUUGGCCUGCUUGGAUAUGCAAAGGGACUACAAAAACUGCAAAUCCUAUUUUGACACCUUGAGGGAAUGUCUAAAGACUAAAGAGACCUGAGUCCGCUGCUAGUGGGUGAAAUAGGCUGUUUCAAUAUAAGUUGCUAAUUUGCUAUUUGCUUAUAUGAACUUAACCAGGGUCAAGAUGAUGAAUUAUUUUGGGCAAUACUGAGAGCUUGUUAAUGUACAAGCUUUGUUAUUAAAAAAACAGCUAAUUGUAAAUUCUCUUGAAGCUAGAUCACUUUGGGUCCGUUUGGUAUACAAG